AGGUGAUUGGACUUCACGCUCCAAAAAGUACGGUAACCCUCUGCCACCCACUCCCUUCCUCCUUCCCCUUUUUAACUUCCAUUUUCACCGGAGCUUUCUCUCUCUCCGCCAUGAAAACCAACCCAUCAUCUCCUCAUCCUUCUUAAAAUAGGGUUUUUUGCACUCAUGAAAACUCCCAAAACCCUCUUCUUCUACACCAUUACCAUUGCAGUACACCUCACAAAACGACCUUUCUCCUUCCGAUCAAUCUCUUGAUCUUCUUCACCUAUAUAUCACAAUCAUAUCCUCCCCCUACAGUACUAUAGCAAGCUCAUAGUAUAGGGUUUAAUACCCUUUUGCAUUUUGUAAUCUAUAUCUUUUAGGUCAUUUCAACUCUUACGAAAUCAUGUCGCAUUCGUUCUUCUCCGAUUCUUACGCAGAGAUGGCUGCGAAAUCCGUACGUGGUCGACCUAACUAUGUUCCACCACACCAGAGAAACAACUACAAUGCAGAUGAAACCACCAGGUACGGUUAUCAAACCGGAAACAAUGGUAGCGGCCGCGGCCGUGGCCGCGGUGGGGGUAGUAGAGGCGGUGGUCGUGGUUUCGUACGCGGCUACUCUGUGGUCGAUAAAGAGUUCCAUGACCCUAACAAACAUGCGAGAACUCAUAACCAGUACGAUAAUCUCACCGAAAAGUUUAAUGAACUUGAAGUUUCUGAAACGGAAAACAAGAGUAUGGCGAUCAAUUUCGAUGCAUAUGAAGAUAUACCCGUUGAGAUUACCGGGUCCGAUGUACCCAAACCAGUGAACACGUUUGCAGAUAUCGAUUUAGGUGACUCCUUGAACGAUAACAUUAAGAACAGGUGUAAGUACGUGAAGCCGACGCCGAUUCAGCGCCAUGCCAUACCUGUAGCUUUGGCCGGACGAGAUUUAAUGGCGUGUGCACAGACCGGGUCGGGGAAAACGGCGGCGUUUUGCUUUCCGAUCAUCUGCGGCGUUCUGAAAAUACAGUCGCCGGUGCCGUACGGACGCAGGGAGAUGGUGUCGUACCCACUCGCUCUUAUUUUGUCUCCGACCAGGGAACUCUGUUGUCAGAUUUUCGAAGAAGCUAAGAAAUUCUGCCAUCAAACUGGUGUCAAAGUUGCUGUUGCUUAUGGAGGUGCGCCGAUUCAACACCAGUUACGUUCCUUUGAAAAGGGUGUGGAUAUACUAGUGGCGACUCCUGGACGUUUAACUGACAUGAUCGAAAGAUCAAGAGUGUCGCUCAAAAAGAUCAAACAUCUGGCGUUAGAUGAAGCCGAUCGAAUGUUGGAUAUGGGAUUUGAACCCCAAAUCAGAAAGAUCGUUGAGUGUUUGGAUAUGCCUCCUCCUGGUCAAAGACAAACAAUGCUUUUCAGCGCGACAUUCCCCUCUGAAAUUCAGAGGCUUGCGUCUGAUUUUCUCUCAAACUACAUAUUUCUUUCGGUGGGAAGAGUCGGUUCUAGCACCGAUUUGAUCGUUCAAAAAGUCGUAUUUGUCGAGGAUGAGGAAAAACGCGAGUAUUUAAGAAAUGUUCUUCAUGAUCAGAAAGCUAAUGGAAACCUAGGAAAGAAUGCAUUGAUUGUGAUUUUUGUGGAGACGAAACGGGCUGCAGAUACUUUGGAAAACUGGCUUUGCCGGAUUGGUUUUCCGGCGACUGCCAUACAUGGCGAUAAAGUUCAAUUUGAAAGGGAAAGAGCAUUGAGAUCCUUUAAGAAUGGAGUGACACCAAUCUUGGUGGCGACAGAUGUCGCAUCAAGAGGACUUGACAUCCCAUGUGUCGCCCAUGUCAUCAAUUUUGAUUUGCCCCGUGACAUUGACAGUUAUGUCCACCGGAUCGGGAGAACGGGUCGGGCCGGUAAAUCGGGCUUAGCAACCGCCUUUUUUAACAGCAAAAACUUGGUAAUUGCUAAAUCCCUUUCCGAUCUUAUGAAGGAAUCACACCAAGAAGCUCCCAAUUGGCUUGAUGAGUAUGCAAGUAGCUAUUCUUCCUCUAGUGACCGCCGUUAUGGUUCCGGCAAGUUUGGUGCCCAUGACUUCAGGAGCGGAAACAGAAACGGAGACGGAAAUGACAAUUCUUACGGUGAGAGUUAUUACGGAGGGAAUGGAAAUGGCAAUUCCUAUGGCGGGGGUUAUGGUGGGAAUGGAAGUAGCAAUUCCUAUGGUGGGGGUUAUGGUGGGAAUGGAAAUAGCAAUUCCUAUGGUGGGGGUUAUGGUGGGAAUGAAAAUAGCAACUCCUAUGGCAAUGUGGAUUAUGGUGAGAGUUCUGGCGGUUUUGACUAUGGUGCUCCGGCGGCUGAGGCGGUGGACUAUGGUGAUUCGUGGGCGGCUGGUGGCGGGAGUGGGUAUGACUCGGUUGUUGCUGAUGGUUGGAAAUAGUGGUUGAUGGCGGUUUUUCCACCCUUUAAUUUCAAUCUAUGGAAGUGGU